UUUUCAAAACCAAAACCGGCGUCCCGAGUCCACAGAUAGAAACGCCGGCUUCACAUCGCCGAUCGAUUCCCGCGCCCCCACCCCACGUCGCCGAAAAGCUUGUCUCGCUCAUCCGCACAAUUAAGCCACCGCUCGCUGGUUUGUUAGUUGUUCUUGCACAACUCUCUGUCUGUCUCUGCUGCCGUCCUUCCUGGUCAAAUUUAUCCGUCCCCUCCGUCCUCGGCUGGCGCCUUUUCGAAAUUCCGGCGGGCUGCCGUCCUCCGCUUGCGUUCUUGCCCAGUUGCCCGUCCAGGUCCAGGGCGGUGGUAUUAAUCCCGAGAUCCAGUCGUCCCUCGCUUGGGAAAUCAAGAAAGGGGAGGAGGCGGCAGCGGCAGAAGAGGCUCAAGAGCAGAGAUAUUGUUGCUGCGAACAUCAGAGCACUAGGAAAUCCUUUUGAGAAGAUUGGCAUCUGGCAACCUUCAGAAAACCAAGCUCAGAUUUAUCUCAGUCCUGACAACGAACUCGUCUGCUCACUGAGCGCGCAUUACAUAUUUACAUGCUGGUUGCGGCGUCGCUCAUGGCGACGGAGACGACGGACCAUCUCGCCAGAGGCCAGCAGCCGGCGAGGCGGCAGCAGGGAGGGAGGCCCGCCGUCGGCGUCGCCGCGGCAGCCAAGCAGGGGCAGCGACAGAACGUGCCGACGCCGGCGGCGGGCGCGCUUAGCGCGGAGGCGUUGCUGGUGCUGGCGUGCGUGGCCGUGUCGCUCAUCGUGCUGCCGCUGGUCCUGCCGCCGCUGCCGCCCCCGCCGCCGCUGCUGCUGCUGGUGCCCGUGUGCCUGCUCCUGCUCCUCGCCGCGCUGGCCACCUUCGUGCCGUCGGAUGUCAGGACCAUGGCAUCCUCCUACUUGUAGUUGUAUACUUGUAUUGUAAGAAAAAAAAACUGCAAUUCUUUUUGUUCCGGCCUUUUUUUGGGUCUUUCUGUGUAUGGCGUAAAAUGAGUUAGGUAAAUGGAAAUUUUCUUUUCUUUUUUCUGAAAUGGGAAAUGAGGUCGAGCAAGAAUGCCACACUUGUGGGGGCCUUUCUGCGUUC